GUGGAGGGAAUUUUAAGGACUAAUUUAAGCGCUAAAUUUUGGAGGAUCAAGCGAUCAAAAGAGCUCGUCCAAGAUGAUGUCCACAAGCCAUGUAGUGUCUCACCCGAGAAUUUAUGAAGGAACAAGAGGACAAAUUCAACUCAUCUUUGGACCUAUGUUUUCUGGGAAAACUACGGAACUAAUGAGGAGAAUGAAGCGAUAUCAAAUUGCCAACUACAAAUGUCUGGUAGUCAAAUACUCAAAGGAUGACCGAUAUGACAAAGAAGGAAUUGCUACACAUGACAGACAAACGCUGGCAGCUAUUCCAGCAGAUGUGCUUGACCAAGUGAAAUCACAAGCAGAAAACUUUGAUGUCAUCGGCAUUGAUGAAGGACAAUUUUUUAAAGAUGUUGUGGAAUUCUGUGAUGAAAUGGCAGAGCGCGGUAAAACUGUGAUCGUGGCAGCAUUAGACGGAACUUUUCAGAAGAAGGGAUUUGGUGAUAUUUUGAACCUGGUGCCUCUAGCAGAGAGUGUGAUAAAACUGACGGCUGUGUGCAUGAGUUGUAACCAUGAGGGAUCUUUCACCAAACGAAAAGGAACAGAAACAGCGCUUGAAAACUUACAGGUUGAGGUUAUUGGAGGAGCAGAGAUGUACCUGGCUGUUUGUAGGAGGUGCUUCUACUCCCCCGCCAAAUCCUCCCCCACAAAGAACAACAAAACCCCCACCAUACUACCGGCGAAGGAGGAGAAGACAAUAGCCAACCGAAAGCUGUUCCAGUCACCCUCCAAACAAAAGUGUUGAUAAUCCAGAUAUCCAGACUGUUUGAAAAUUUGCUCUCAGUGGGUAGAGGGCUUUUGCAUUUAAUACAAGCAAUAAUUAGACUGUUUUAUUUAGGUUUGUGCUGUGCUUAGACAGAGAGGUUGAUUCAUAUUAACAGAAGAGAAUAUGCAUAAAUAUUGAAGUGAAUAAGAGUAAUGAAAUUUCAAUUUACCGGCUUGUGCCAUGAAGAUUUAAAUAAAAUGUGCUUCAAACUCUGUGGUCUCUGUAAGUCUUACUAAGAAAGGGUGCAGAACUGUUAUUUGAUAAAUUCAUCUCUUGAUGUCAUUUCCUGCAGAAUACUUUCCUAUUAUUAGGUUACUGGUACUCAUUAACUCUACAAUUAUUCUGUUCUUGGUCCCAUUUAAUGGAAAGCUAAUGUUAAAUUUCUAGUACAAAGCAAGCCCUGACUUGAGUCAUUCAAACACUUCCUCUAAUUCUGCAACAAUAAUAUCAGUUUUAUUUUAAUCAUUUUUAAUGUAAAAUGGAUAUUAAAGGAAAUGUUUCAAGAGUGUGCUGCAAUUUCUGUUGUAUGAACUUGUAUCAUACAUGUAUUUUUGUACUGAGUGCACAAGUAGAAUGUGUCUGAAAUCCAAUGAAUUUACAUGUUAGUUCUACGUCUUUGUAUAGUAAUGAUAUACAUUUGUUUGUAAACCCUUAUAAUUAAAUGUUCGAAGAUUUUAAAUUAUAAUGUAGAAAAACAACUGUGUAUCAAAGUCUGUUAAUAUAUUUAUGAAAGAAAAAACCUGUACAGAUUUUUUUUUUAACUGAAUCAAUCUUAUUGCCAUAAAUGUAAUUUUAUAUUUGGGAUGAAUGUAACUUUAAUUUUAUGAAUGAAUUUACUAUUGGGAAAUAUUUUAUAAUGGAAAUUUGAAGAUGAGAAAAUCAUUUGAUGAAUGAGUCUUAUUAGUGAGCUUGUUAUUGUAGUUUCUAUAGUGCUGUAUCACUGCUGAUAGUCUGCAUGUACGUUUGGCUGUAUUUUGUUUUAUGAAGUCUUGAUCUCACAUAAUUGAGAUAUUUUUACCUGUACUCAUCUCAUGCAAUUUUAUAAAUGUAUCAUUCAAAAUCAUCACAUGCAAUUUUAUGAAUGUAUCAUUCAGCAUUAAAUAUAUGUCAUUCAUAA